ACCACCUCUGAGCAUGAAGUCAAGGAGAUUAUUUUACUUAUGUUCUAAUUUGAAGGGGCUUCGUUCCAAAAAAUAUAUAUGACAGUUUGAUGUGUUUUAUUUUUCUGCAGGGCGCAAUUACUGGAAUUGUCAACUCUGCCAAUUUAUGUGCACGUUUUUCUUCCGCUAUGAACAGACCAAUUGUAUUGCACAUUUAUCUGGCUUUCUGUAGCCUCCUGGCUCUCAACUUUUCUACACAAUGUCUGGCCUUCCCCAAAAUGGAAAGGAGAGAGGUAGCACGUAUUCAUGCAGAAGAAAGGCAGCCUGAGAGGACAGACAUAGAAGACCUAGAAAAUAACUCCAAAACUUCAAAACAAAUGCUCUGGCAGGUGGUCUCUGAAGAUCCAAUGGUAGUGUCAGAAGGACCCUCAGCAACAUCAUUAAAUAAAGUAUCCCCUAUUAAUGAAGGUACCCAUCCUGUAGGAGCGAGGCUUACACAGCCCAAUGGCCCUGAUGUUUAUACUCCUACGGAAUCAGUGGUCCCAGUAGGUGAGGAACUGUUUGGUUCCAGCCAGCCAGAGAGAAUGUCUCCUGAAAGCGGACUUUCUAAGGCCAUGUUAGCCAUCACUGUCACUGCGACUGCUCCUCUGGAUAUUGAUGAGACGGAGGAGCCCUUUAGUAGUACCAACAUUCUGCCCAUUGUAGAAGGGACCAUAGAAGCAACACAAGGUUUUCUGAAGUAUUUGGAUGGUCAGUUAUUUGCAACUGAAAGUCAGGAAGAAGUUAGUCUGGAUCAUUCACCUUUAUCCUACGUAGAUACUAAAGAAGUGCUAACCACCAAUCUGAGAGCUGAGAAAUUUGAAGCAGCCACAGAACACAGGUCAGCUUCUCUUCCUGGUGCUAAGCCCACAGCAGGCACUGAACCUGAAAGCCUUACACUGGAUAGAGAGAGGCCUUCACAGAUGACAACUGAUAAUACCCAGGCUACUGCCAUCAAGCACUUACUUGCAACCACUGAGGGUGCUUUGAGUGUUGAGCCAGAAACUGACAGCCUGCUUGGAACCCCAGAAGUCAUAGCCAGUGUCAGCAUAGCUGUUCCAACCACCUCUGUCUUAAGUGAUGAGUGGGAUGACGCCAAAUUAGAGAGUGUAAGCCAGAUAAGGGCCCCAAACCUUGGUGACAACACAGAGACUCAGGUGAGAAUGGAAACAUCUCAGACAGCACAAGUCACCCGUGACUUUGUGGAAGGGGCUGAGCCUUUGACAGUGGCUGCCAGUAUGGUCCUGGGGCUGCCUGAAGGGGAAACACACACAGGGACGGAAUGGCUAAUAGCACAUGGGGAUGAGACAUCUGCUGCCUUCACCAAUCAAAGUUCCUUUAUUCCCACAAGUCCAAUGGAAGAUGUGGAAGUUUCAGUUGUAAACAUGUUCCAAAAUUCAGCAGGCUUCACGGAAUCCAGCACGGAAAAGGAUGGCAUAUUUUCCUUAGAGACCACUGUUUCCAUCUCAGGAUAUGAUUCUGAGGCAUACCAACCACUGGGAAACACAUUUAAAGACAUUAUUACUCAAGAGAUGACAACAGCUGUUCAAGAAGUAGAAGCCACUUUAUCAUUGAUGACGCAAGAACAGGUUUCUACCCUGGAGGCCACCAGAGAAAAUGGUGAGACCGAGGAAGGAAAAGAGCCUCCCACCCCGACAUCUGAUGUUCCUGGUGUUACUCAGCUGUCAAGAAGAUCGGAGCCUGUGGACACUGAAGUUUCAACUACAGCCUUACCUUGGUCUUUCGAAGUUACUCCCACCGUGGAAGAACUGAUGGACACGGUCACGGGACCAAGUGAGGAGCUGUUCACGUCGGUUUUGGACUCUCCAGUGACCCCCCCUGGAGUAAUGGAGGAGGUGGCCAGCAUUUCCCUAGUGCUUCCUGCUUCUGAGGUGUCCUCUGAGGGAAGAACUGUUGUUCCAUCCAUUAGUCGUGUUUAUACAGCUGCCACAUACGGCCUGGACCAACUUGAAUCUGAAGGUAUCCAUGUUUUGAAGGGGAUAUUUUCUAGGACCGGUUGAGUCACUGAAUGUUUGCUAGUGCUGCUGUAACAAGGAUACCAUAAGUGAGUGGCUUCAAAGAACAGAAAUUUUUUUUCUCAUCAUUCAGGAGACUGGAAGUCAGAAUUCAGGGCGUUGGCUCUAGGGAAAGGUCUUUGUUUCUUUCAGUUUCUAGAAGUUGCCAUCAAUCCUUAGUGUUUCUGGACUUGUAGAUGCAUCUUCCUUGUGUGUCUGUGUCUAUUCUGCUCUUCUUAUAAGACAACACUCAGAGGGGAUUAGCUUUAGGAUCUACCCU